AUGACCAAUAAGAGAAGUUGGAGAAAUGAUGAAACUGUGGUGUUAACUGAGGAAUGCAGCGCCAUCAUCCAACACAAAUUACCUCAGAAAUUGAAGGACCCAGGAAGCUUCCAAAUUCCUUGUAUCACAGGAGAAAUCACAGUGGAGAAGGCCUUAUGUGAUUUGGGAGCCAGCAUAAAUUUGAUGUCCUUAGCAAUGAUGAGGAGAAUGAAGAUUGAAGAAGGCAAACCAACAAGAAUGGCACUCCAAUUGGCAGACCGAUCAUUCAAAUUCCCUUAUGGAGUAAUGGAGGAUUUGCUAGCAAAGGUGGGAGACUUCAUCUUCCUAUCUGACUUUGUGGGAGACUUCAAUCAUUCUGGAAAGGCCAUUUUUAGCUAG